UCUAAUUUUUCAGUAUUUAAUUUUAAGUUCUGAAUCCCAGAUGGAACAAAUCUGAUAUGUCAAAACAAAUUUGUACACGCAAUCUCUGUGAAACUUGCAAACAAAACGUGGGUAGUCCCACAAGCCAAGUUUUUCCUGCGAUCCAAACUGAAUGGCUGAAGUCACACGGAACUCUCAGGAGUUGAAAUUCAUGAUAUUUAUGAUAUAUAACUUUUUCAUUCCUCGUGUUAAGGUGAAGAGCAAGCUGGAGCAGAAGCACUAUUCAGGCCGAGAUGAAUGGAAUUUUUAGGCGCCACACUUUAGUUAUCGAGAUAAGUCCCUUUUGAAAUUGAAACUAUUUCUUCCCUUUUGAUUUACUGUGUGCCCGUGACUAAAUUUGCAGUCCAGAAUUAAGAUAAGCGAGGAAUGGGCAUCGUGAGCAUAGUGGUGAAUGUUGUGGGUCUGCUGGCUACGAUUUCAGUAGGUGCAAAUGUUCUCGCUUUCAGGAGAUACCGCAAGAAACAUCUUUCCCCAAUUGACAAUCCUUUAGACGAAUCAAAGGAGGUUCUCGCUACAUUCGAUAUUCAUAAGCCUGAAGAAGAUGGGGGCUUCUUCUUUGGCUUGGCAACUGCCCCUGCCCACGUUGAAGACAAUCUGCAUGAUGCCUGGCUUGAAUUUGCCCAGAACAAGAAACAGGAUUCGAACCCAUCUUCAACAGAGGAACCGGACCGUGUUGAACAGUCAACAUUGCAACCGGAUGCUGCCGGCAAAAGGAAGAAGCUUUCGAAAGUGGGCAUGGAAGCCCUGAUCAGAAACAUCAACAAAUUAUCUGAAGAAGAGGAGGAAAGCCAUAACGUUGCUGCCUGGCACAAUGUCUGUCAUCCGGAAGAACGAUUGCGCUUCUGGUCUGAUCCAGAUACAGAACUACAGCUUGCGAAAGAUACAGGUGUAACUGUUUUCCGCAUGGGAGUGGAUUGGACCAGGAUUAUGCCCACGGAACCCGUUGACGGCAUUGACAAAUCGGUGAACUGGGAUGCCUUGAAACGUUAUAAAUGGAUUAUAGAAAGAGUUCAUACCUAUGGCAUGCGCGUGAUGUUAACAUUGUUCCAUCACUCUCUUCCACCAUGGGCUGCAGCAUAUGGAGGCUGGAGGCUUGAGAAGACUGUAAAUUAUUUCAUGGAAUUUACCAAGCUAGCAGUUGAAAACUUUGCUGGUUUAGUUGACUACUGGAUAACAUUUAAUGAGCCACAUGUGUUUGCAAUGUUGACUUACUGUGCUGGAGCCUGGCCUGGAGGUCACCCUGAUUUGAUUGAGGUUGCCACUGCUGCCAUGCCUACGGGAGUUUUUAGUCAAGUUAUGCACUGGAUGGCUGUGGCCCAUUCAGAAGCUUUUGAUCAUAUCCAUGAGUUUUGCAAGAGUGCAUCGUUGGGAGCAAGAGUUGGUAUAGCACAUCAUGCUUCAUUCAUGCGACCUUAUGGGCUUUUUGAUCUUUCAGCAGUUGCUUUGAGUAAUAAUAUGACUCUCUUUCCAUAUGUGGAUAGCAUCUGUGACAAGCUUGAUUUUAUUGGUAUAAACUAUUAUGGCCAGGAAGUGAUUUCAGCACCAGGCUUGAAGCUGGUGGAGAAUGAUGAAUAUAGUGAAUCUGGGCGAGGUGUUUAUCCAGAUGGCUUGUAUAGGAUGCUGCUUAAAUUUCAUGAGAGAUAUAGACAUUUGAAUCUUCCUUUUAUCAUUACAGAGAAUGGUGUUUCUGAUACAACUGAUUUAAUUCGUCGACCUUACAUUAUAGAACAUCUUUUGGCUGUGCGUGCAGCCAUGGACAAGGGUGUUCCUGUUCUUGGCUAUGUAUUCUGGACAAUAUCUGACAAUUGGGAAUGGGCAGAUGGGUAUGGUCCCAAGUUUGGAUUGGUGGCUGUGGAUCGUGCUAACAACCUUUCUCGGAUCCCUCGACCAUCUUAUUUUCUCUUUAGUGAGCUGGUUAAAACAGGCAAAGUGACACAGCAACAAAGAGAAAUCGCAUGGAAUGAACUUCAGAUUUUUGCUCUGCAGGGAAAGACACGACCUUUUUAUCGGGCAGCAAACAAUCAUGGUCUUAUGUAUUCUGGAGGUUUGGAUGUUCCAAUUCAGAGGCCGUUCAUUCAGCGUGACUGGAGAUUUGGCCAUUAUCAAGUCGAUGCACUUCAUGACCCGCUAAGCCGUUUUGGCAGAUUUCUCUUGGCUAUUUUGUUUUUGAAGAUAGCAAAGAACAGAAAACGGGACAGGAGUUCUGCAGGUGGUCAUUUGGCUCUUCAAUAUUCCACUGUGUCAACAGAGGAAAAAUAUCUACCAGACCUCAGUGCUGAACUCAAAGAAGAAAAUCUUCAGCCUGCAGCAUCCUCUUAGUAAUUCAGCAAAUUCAUAAGAUCUAAAGAGCUCUGUUACAACAGCUACAUAGUUGGAGUCGUCAGUUGUUUGGCCGGAAUCUCGGCGGUCAUUAAUCAAACUGCCGCAUAACAACAAGUACAUUUGGUUGUUGGUUACUGGAGACAAGGCUCUUUGUAAUCUUCUAUAUCUUUUAUUGCUUGUUAUCUCUGACGUUGAGUUAAAAUGGCAAUAUGUACAAUUGAUUGUUUUCAAUUAUUCUAUCGAAUAAAUGAUUUAUGUCUCUUA